AUGGAGGCAAAGGGGGCUAAAGAGGUUGACUUCAUCGGUCCAGCCCAGCGAAUACAGAAUCUAUCUACCGAUCAUGUGCCUAUCGAACCUCUCUCUGAAAUGCCCGAAGCGGCUCAGCAGGUGCAGCCUCGCAGCAAGUUUCGCAUCACUAUGAUUCUGAUCGCCCUUUAUCUCUCACUGUUCGUGGCCGCCCUCGACGCCACCAUUGUCGCCACUGCAGUUCCCAAAAUCACAGCGGACCUUCACUCGGCAGCUGGGUACAUCUGGAUCGGCGGUGCAUAUCUCAUAGCCAAUGCUGCAGCCGCUCCGAUCUGGGUCAAAUUUUCCGAUAUUUGGGGCCGCAAGCCAAUUUUCCUCAUCGCCGUGGUGGUAUUCUUCGCCAGUUCGGUGGUAUGUGCGGUAGCCGUCAACAUUCAGAUGCUUAUUGCCGGCCGCAGUAUCCAAGGAGCGGCGGGGGGUGGUCUGAUCUGCAUGGUCAAUGUCGGCAUUUCCGAUCUCUUCAGCGUCCGUGAAAGGAGCUUGUGGCUCGGUUUGUGUGAAGGGAUCUGGGCUCUGAGCGGAGCGGUCGGUCCUCUCUUGGGCGGUGCCUUUGCUCAGAAAGUCAGUUGGCGAUGGUGCUUCUACUGCAACUUGCCCAUCGCUGGUACCGCCUUUGUGCUUCUUGUGCCCUUCCUCAACGUGCACAACCCUCGAACGCCAGUACUGGAUGGGGUCAAAGCCAUCGACUGGUUUGGCUGUGUCUCAAUUCUUGGUGUAACGGUGAUGCUGCUCUUAGGACUUGACUUGGGUGGAUCUGUCUAUCCCUGGAGUUCGGCCAAAGUCAUUUGCCUCAUUGUGUUCGGCGCAUUGAUGAUCCUUGUCUUUGUCUACAGCGAGAAGAAAUUGGCCAAGUACCCGGUCAUUCCCCUGUCCCUAUUCGGCACCAGGAACAUUGCGACCAUGCUAGUGACGUUCUCUCACGGAAUGGUCUUCAUUGCUGCCGAAUAUUACUUACCUCUGUAUUUCCAAAGCGUCAAGGAAGCGUCACCGCUUCGAUCAGGUGUUCUGUUGGUACCACUUAUUGUCGCCACAGCAGGCACUGGUGUCAUCAAUGGCUUGAUCAUACAUCGUACGGGCCAGUACAGACCAUCCAUGUGGGUUGGAACUAUUUUAAUGACCCUGGGCACUGGCCUCUUCAUUUUAUUGGAUGCACACACCUCGACAGGCACCAUCAUCGGCCUUGAAAUAAUCGAAGGCGUUGGUUCAGGGCUGCUGUUUGAGCCUCCUCUCAUCGCAAUUCAACAAGGUGUUCCCCAGGACAGUGUCGGCACUGCGACAUCGACACAGGCCUUCAUUCGAAGCCUGGCCCUCUCGUUAGGCGUCAUUCUAGGCGGGAUUGUGUUUCAGCAAAGCAUGGAUCUUCGACGGUCGACAUUGCAGCAGAUGGGUUUGCCGCCUUCGGUCGUGGAGCAACUGUCUGGUAAAAACGCCGGCGCCAACGUCAUGGUGGGCAAGACUCUUCCGCCCGCCCAAGAACUUGCAGUCAAGGAAGCAUUCGCCUGGAGCAUAAGAAACAUGUUCAUCAUGUUCACGUGUCUUGGUGCUCUCGGUGUUAUUGCGAGUCUCUUCGUGGUGAAGACAAAGCUUUCAAAAGAACACAGGGAGACGAUCACUGGUCUCAAGAAGGAAGAGCCUCAGUCUUGA